UGCAACUUUUUCGUCUCAGUCACAUUUCGAACGCGAGUCCGACGGAUUGUCAGAGAAAAUAAGUGGGAAAAAUAAAGGAAAAAUAAGCGAAAACAGCGAAAGGAAAAUUUUUCAUAAAAAUUAUACAUACUACCUCGACGUACAAAGUGAUUUUGCCAAACAUUCAAAUAUUUCUAUAAUUUGGUUUUUUGUUUUUGUUUUCGACUGCGGCACGGAAAAAGCUGCGACAAGUGCUAAAAUUAGCGACCGGUGUAUUGUAGGGUGAUGUAUGCUCUAUGAGUCCCAGUGGGCACCCAACCCCUCGUCACUCCCCCAGCAAGAAAUAGAGAAUCGCGCUCGCGCCCCAAUUGCUGGCAUUUGUGAAUUAUACAUAUUUGAUAUAGUACUCGGUAUUUGUUCAAAUGAUGUGCUCAUGCUUGCAACAAAGUCCCGCAUAUUAAAAAUCAUCUAAAUAAUAGAUUGCAAUUUUCACCAACGGGAGAAGGAAGUGAAGUGAAGUGAAAAAUCAAUUAUUAUUGUGUGGAAAAUAGCGAAAGGACUAACCAAAAAAUGCCAGCUUCGAAUACAAUUGUAUUAAAAAGUCUCUCCGUAUUGCUGGGAUUAUUCUUCAUCUUUGUGGGCACCCUCAAACUGACGCCACACAUCAGCAAGGAUCUCUACAAGGAUUUGCGCACAGAGUACGUAAAAUAUGCCAAGGUAUUCCCACUGACCGCACUCUUUGGCGUCAAAAUACCCUCGAAAUGGUACAGACGCACCGUCGGCAUAUUGGAGAUUGUUUGCGGGCUGGCCAUGGCCUUAAUACCCUAUCACAAAGUAAAGAACGUGGCCAAUGUGACGCUGCUGCUGCUUAUGCUGCUGGGCAUCUAUCAGCAUUGGAUGGUCAGUGAUCCCUUUGAGCGUUCGGGACCCGCGCUGGUGUUCACCUUCAUGCUGGGAGGUCGUCUCGUCGUCUGGUGGCAGACAAGCCGCAAGGAGGCCGCCGAAUUGUCGGCGAUCAAUCAAGCACAGGCGAAUGGCCUCAAACAGGAGUAGAUAAUGGACUGGAGGAGAGGAGUACUUGAUCAUUUACCACAGAAAAAGCAGAAAAUUAGAAAUGAAAUUCAACCACA